AACCCUCCCCCCUCCCGAAAAUGGAAGAAAUACAUCUUCAAACAGGGCGAAAAGAAGCUUUCCGACAAGAAGGACAGAAAACCCUCUUCCACCUCCGCAGAAAUCAACAUCCACAUCUGGCCUUUCUCAAGAAGCCGAUCCUCCGGAAACAGCCGCCCAAAUCCCGCUCCCACAUCCACCGCUCGGAAGACAAGCAGCGCUCCUUGCUCCCGCUGCAACUCUCAUGGCGAAUCUUCGAAACACUCCGCCGGUACCUCUGGUUCUGUUUCCCCUGUUUCCCCUGCCGCCGUGCUUCGCAAGUGGACGCCGAAUCAAGCCCGUGCAGGGGGGAUCUACCUGGGCCGAAGCAAUCCCGUAUGGCAGAUCAGAAGACGAGCUGUGCCGUCGGGGAAGAAGGAUAAUGGCGGAGCGGGAGUCAGCAGGGUGCUUAAUCUUAAUGUCAACACGUGCAUUGGGCAUCAGAGGACUGCGAGCUGCCGGGAUUGUGAGAAGGAGGGCGAGGUGUUUGCAGAUGAUCGGAGUCGCAGUGGAGGCGGCGGUGAUGCGGAUGGAGGAGGAAGAGGAGGAGAAGUUGAGGGUAAUGGCGGUCUCUUUAACCUUAAAGCUAUCUUUACUAGGAAGGUUUAUUGAUCUGUAAGGCUUCAAGUUCCAUUUUUUAUCUGUGUUUUCUUCUUUUCCUUCCACUCGCUGUAAAUCGGAUCGCUUGUAGUUGUGCCUGCUAGUUUUGCCUAUCUUAAUGGAAGAUUAUUUUAUUUUU